AUGAAUAGCAAUGUUGCUGACAAUGUUGCUGACAAUGUUUCUGGCAAUGUUGCUGACAAUGUUGCUGUCAAUGUUGCUGACAAUGUUGCUGACAAUGUUGCUGUCAAUGUUGCUGGCAAUGUUGCUGACAAUGUUGCUGACAAUGUUGCUGGCAAUGUUGCUGACAAUGUUGCUGACAAUGUUGCUGACAAUGUUGCUGACAAUGUUGCUGGCAAUGUUGCUGACAAUGUUGCUGACAAUGUUGCUGGCAAUGUUGCUGACAAUGUUGCUGACAAUGUUGCUGACAAUGUUGCUGACAAUGUUGCUGACAAUGUUGCUGACAAUGUUGCUGACAAUGUUGCUGACAAUGUUGCUGACAAUGUUGCUGACAAUGUUGCUGACAAUGUUGCUGACAAUGUUGCUGACAAUGUUGCUGACAAUGUUGCUGACAAUGUUGCUGACAAUGUUGCUGGCAAUGUUGCUGGCACUGUAGCUGACAAUGUUGCUGACAAUGUUGCUGACAAUGUUCUUUGGCACCAAUUACACGCUGUCGUACACAUUAGGAUGUACAAUGUUUGCUUGGUCUGA